ACACUUCCAAAGUUCGUUCCUUUUCAUUUUUUGCAUUCUCACGCGCGCACGGAAUCUGCGAGGAUCUCUGUGGUUGAAUUUUUGGUUUUGAUUUCUUGUUCAGGAUGGCAGAUCAGCACAAGGACGAUAGUUUGAUGGAAAAAGUAUCGGAGAAAAUCAAUUCUCACGACUCCUCUUCGUCCUCGUCCUCAUCGGACUCAGAGGAUGAGAAGAAGAAGCCGUCGUUGAAGGCUAAGGUGAAUCGCUUCUUCGGCAAGGAGAAGUCGGUUCACGAACUUCUCGGAGGUGGCAAACUGGCUGAUGUGUUUCUAUGGAAGGAUAAGAAGGUCUCUGCUGGGGUGCUGAGUGUGGCUACUGCUAUCUGGGUUUUGUUUGUUGUCCUGGAAUAUCAUUUGCUUGCAUUUGUUUGUCAUGGAUUGAUGCUUGGGUUGGUUAUUGUGUUCUUGUGGUCAACUGCAUCCACCUUCAUCAAAAAAUCACCUCCUCAAAUCCCACAAGUAAUUAUUCCUGAAGAACCUGUACGAAAGUUUGCAUCUUGUCUGAGGGUUGAGAUCAACCGUGGCUUUGCAGUUCUGAGGGAUAUUGCCUCUGGAAAGGAUUUGAAAAAGUUCCUUGCUGCUAUUGCUGGGUUGUGGGCCGUGUCGUUUGUGGGCAGUUGCUUCGACUUCUUGACACUGCUGUAUACAACUACUGUUCUGCUAUUCACUGUUCCCAUCUUUUAUGAGAAAUAUCAAGACAAAGUGGACUUCUACGCGGAGAAGGCAAUGGUUGAGCUCAAGAAACAGUAUGCAGUGUUUGAUGCUAAAGUCUUGAGCAAAAUCCCGAGAGGCCCGUUGAAGGAUAAGAAGAGUGAUUGAGCAUACGGUGUGCCCGCGUCGAUGCAGUUCUCACUUGUUUUUUUAGUCUCAUUUAGUGUCCAUAUCUUUGCACAUCCAGACUCAUUUGCUACUGUUCAUAUCUAUAUCUGGUGAUGGUGUUGGUGUGGUGAGGUUCCAACCUGAGUAUGGUAAGUAUAACUACUGUUGCUUUGUUGCUUUGCCUUGGCUAAAAUUUUAUUCAAAUUAUGUUUAUGCAAGAA